AGAAUUGUCUAAUUCAAUGUCAACGUCAUCUUCCUCCACGCCAUUUGGGAGGAUAUACUGUCACACUUGCGGCCAUGUGACCGCCUCGACACCUUCUGACCCUUGGAGAUGCUCAUCUUGCCGCGGCUGUUUUGUAGAGAAGUGGGACGGACAGGAGGAUACCCCCUGGACGGCCGAGGCUGACCGUGACGAGCUUGUUAUUAACGAAUCAGUCAGCGAGUCCGCGGGUGCAGUGAGCGGUUCACCUACGCCGCCCGACUACCCUCCACCACCUCCCAUGACCAUCGCGGUUGAUAUCGUCGAGACGCCGCGAAUGGAGCCAGCGGAUGAGGCUUGGAAUGCCGUCCGAAGAAGUCGUGCAGCAUCUUGGUGGAUUCCUCCAUCGAGAGAGCAUCAAGCUAUGGGAAGGGAAUCUUUUGACAAUACGCGGCCCUUCGGUCAUGGACAGGGUAUGAUCAUAGGGAUGGAUGCUAUGCCGCUCUUAGUGGGCUCUAACGGCUCAGCUACGGGUCAACAGGGCAAUGGUGUCUCGCCGUUCGAGAGGGCACUGCUACAGCAGGUGUUAAUGGCGACCUUCAACCAUCCAGGACUGCGUUCUCAUGCUACGUCGCCAUCAGUUCUAUCACGCUUCAGAGACGUCACGGCCACUCGAGAAGAUGAGCAAGACGAAUGUGCUAUAUGUCAGUGUCGUUAUGUAAGCGGUGAUGUAUUGAAUCGAAUACGCGAUGCCAUCCCUCGAGACGUCCCCUGUAGUUGCCCUCAUGCCUUUCAUAAGCAAUGCAUUCGACCAUGGCUCGAGCAGCACAACUCAUGCCCAGUGUGUCGCUUCGAGCUGCCCUCCUCUCCCUCCUCGUGAAAUCGUUGUUUUAUGCGUGUAAACAGCAGUAGCAGCAGUAUAGAUGAAUCAAUACCGUCACGCGCCACGAAAUUGCUUAUGUGUUGGAUCAUCAUCCUAUUGCUACAGUAUCGGUCGAAGAAACUUUUCUACUAUACAGCACCCAUCGUUCGAGGCGAUCGUAUUGAUCGCUUCCAGCAAGCAGCACUUUUCUAUCCAUAAUACACCAACUUAUCUGUAGUAUUUUACUGUAACACCUGAAGCAAAUCCAAGAGGAAGCCUAUUCUGUCACUCGCCACGAAAUUACUCUUCGUGGAUUGUCUAUAGAAGGCGAUGCCUGGACUGGUG